UAUCACAGGGGAUAUUGGGCGUGUUUAUUCAAGAGAUGUUGUCGUCAAGUCGAAAGCUUUGUGGUGUUCAUAUAGUCGAAAGUAUGUGGCCGCAUUUUUACAAAAGAAAGUUUUUUUGCGCGAAACGUACGUUAUACUUCUAGUUAAACUUUUUUACGUUAUUGUCGUCAUUUAUCUGUCGAAUUUACGCAAGGUCGUUGAUUUAGUUAACCUAUUAUUUACAUAUACCGCGUCGUAUGCACUGCCGUGUAAAAUAGCUCUAUAUAAAGUAGUGCAUUUACGAACUUUAAACAUUAUAUGUAAGGAGCUUUUGGUACAAUGAUGGCUAAAACGAUCAAAGAAUUAUGUGCCGUUGCACGGAAACUAACACCCACAGUGAGACAUUUUGGUAGUGCGCAAACAGCUCCUUUGCAGGAAGCUGCAUUGGAGGAACGUUGUAUUCUUGUCGAUGAAUCAGACAGGCCCCUCGGCGAGGCCACAAAAAGAGACUGUCAUACAGUUAACUCCGAGGGUCAGGUUCUCCUUCACAGAGCGUUUAGUGUUUUUCUCUUCAACAAUGCGGGGCAGUUGUUGCUUCAAAAACGGUCUGCUAAUAAGAUAACAUUUCCAAACCAUUAUACGAACACGUGUUGUAGUCAUCCGUUGGCCGAGAUUCCUGGCGAAACUGUAGAACACGAAGCAUUAGGGAUUCGUAGAGCGGCACAAAGGAGACUCAAUUACGAAUUAGGGAUUCCUCUGACGCAAGUUUCACCGUCGGAUUUUCUAUAUUUGACAAGGAUUCAUUAUCACGCAGUGAAUGGUCAUUGGGGCGAACACGAGAUAGAUUAUGUGUUAUUUGCACAGAAAGAUAAUAUAACGUUGAAUCCAAAUGCUGACGAAAUUAGCGAACUUCAUUGGGUGUCGCAAUCCGAAUGCAAUCAGUUUGUGGAAAAUCUUAAUUCCCCGUUGACUCCGUGGUUUAAAUUAAUACUGAAACAUAAAUUGCCUCUUUGGUGGGAUAAUCUGGAUGCGCUGGAAAAAAUGCAAGAUCACAAUACGAUACAAAGAUUUAUAUAAAUUUGUUGAAUAAUAACUUUUCAGUUCUCGUUAAUAUUAAAAUUAAACAAAGUUUCGUAAAGUUUGUAAAUGAGGCAAUUCUAGAACGGUUUUUUUCAAAUACAAUAAAGAUCAAUUAUUCGAAUAGCAGUUUAAUAUACAUAGCCAUACAAUUCAUGAAACAUUUUAUUCAUUUAUUGUAUAAAAACGUAAGCGACCACCAUAGCAGAGCUCGCAUACAAACAUUCUGAAUGAUUGCCAGUUUUGUGAAAUAAGAUGUUUGUUACGAAUUCAGGUUUGCAAUAUGAGAACAAAUUAUUCUUAUAAAUUUACGAUCUGUGUGUAUGGUAGUGUGGUAUUAUUUUAACGACGGCUACGAAUAAUUAUUUUAUAACAAUACACUUAUGUAUGUAUGUAAUUUUUGUGAAUACAAUUUUGUCAUAGAAAGUAUAGUUUUGUAAAUAUAAAAUAAAAUUAAUCUUACAUCGUAAGCUUUUGUAUAACUUUAUGUAAUUAGUGUACUAACGUAUGGAAACGUAAUU